ACAACGUGACCCCGACGUGACCCAAAAUGGCCGCCGCGUGCUGAGUUUUCGGAGAUCGCGUGAUUCGGGCGUGUUUACCGCACUACGGGGCUUUUAUUUGACGAGUCUGUGCACACCUCGCCAAUCAUGAGGGCCGUUGUUCAACGUGUCAUGCAGGCUAGUGUUUCAGUUGGAGAUGAGUUGGUGAGCUCCAUCGGCCGAGGCCUCUGUGUUCUAAUCGGUGUCUCCAGAGACGACUCUCCGAAGGACAUGGAGUACAUAGUCCGGAAGAUUUUAAACCUGAGAGUUUUUGAUGAUGACCAGGAGAAAAGAUGGGCUCACAGUGUCAAAGACAAGAACUAUGAAAUCCUGUGUGUAAGUCAGUUCACCCUGUACUGUGUGCUGAAGGGAAACAAGCCCGACUUCCACCAGUCCAUGGCAGCUGAGCAGUCCCAGGCCUUCUAUGAAGAGUUCCUGCAACAGAUGAGGAAAGCGUACCAACCUGACAAAAUAAAAGAUGGCAGGUUUGGAGCCUACAUGCAGGUGAGUAUACAGAACGAUGGACCAGUUACCGUACAGCUGGAGUCACCUGUACAACAACAGAAGAGCAAGCCAGAGAAGACCAAGGCCGCACGGCAACAGAAAUGGGAGAAGAAAGCCGGAGCUGGAACAGCCCAGGAGCCAGCUACAGCCCAGGAGCCAGUUGAUGUCAAGAUGGAGCAAGUGACUGAACAAUUGUCACAGACUUCAACAACAUGACGUCUGUCUUUAACUUUAACUUUAAUUUUAACCUUAUUUGAAUUGUAACAAGACAGCAAGAUGCUGAUGUCUUGUCAUAGAGCAAAGGGGACUGAAGACUUUCCGCAAACAUCAACGUUACGUCUUCUUCAUCAUAUAGGGUUAGUUCGACUUUUUCCACAAGGUAACCUAUGUCUGUUGUUUUUGAAAACGGGGUAUUUAGGGAUAUCAAGUGAAUAGUUUCAUCAGAUUGGUACGUCACUGAAUAAAACAAUGGUUGUGUAAAAA